AUGGAGAAUGAAGAUGACUACACGGCGACGUUUUGUCCCAGCUUUAGCAGUUACACCGGCGAUCGAAUCGCUGAAACCGCCGAGCGAGUUCGACUCGAGUUUUCCGAUGAACACAACGAUGAUUUUGAAUUCGUCAAUCCACGAUCGUAUUGCGAGGCUGCGUCUUUCUCCGGCGAUGGCGAUUUGGUAUUUCCAGUUUUCAAUCGGAUUCUCAUCCCUAAAAUCUCCGCCGUAAAAUCCGACGACGAUGAUAAAAACGAAAUUUUGCGUGCGGCGGUGGUUACUACUCGACUGAGAGAUUUUAUACUCCGCGAUCGUGAAGAUUCGCAGAUACAAGUGUGCUCAUCAUCUUCGUCAGAUGAAGAGGAGGAGGAGGAGCAUGAGCUUGACAGAGUCUCGAAUGUGAUUGAUCGUCCAUGGACGCCGGAGAAAUCGCCAAACGGAGGUUGGAGAAAGAGCAAAUCGACGGGAUCAUCAACAUCGUCGACGACGACGAGUUCGCGACGGUGGAGGAUUAGAGAUUUGUUGAAGAGAAGUUACAGCGAAGGGAAACAAUCGCUUAAAUUCCUGAAUUCGAAUUCCACAAACAGAGAAGAGUCCUCAACGAAGAAGAAGGAGAAAGUUUCUGCACAUGAGAAGUUUUAUCUGAAGAACAAAGCGAAGAAGGAAGAAGAAAAGAGAAAAUCUUAUUUACCAUAUAAGCAAGAUCUCGUUGGGUUCUUGUUCAACAGAAAAACUAUUCCUUCUUUUUGA